AUGACAGGAGCAAAUUUUGAGGGCGCCUAUGAUGGAAAAGUGCACUCAAAUACUUUAUGGUUGGAGAGGAAACAUAACUGGAUUGGGCUACUUAUAGAGGGAAACCCUAAAUCAUGUCGCAGCAUCGAUGUGCUACAUAGACAAAUUUGGCGUUUGUGCGCAUGCGUGUCGAAUGAAAAUGAGGUUUCGUUCAAAAUGGGAAAUGAAGUAGGAGGUGUUGAGAAUAAUAUGCCGAAAUCGCAUUUGGUUCAUCUGAACAAUUUUCAAAGAGCACAGAUUCCAUGUUUCAAUUUGCGUGACGUUUUAACAAUUAUUGGUGUUUUUCAUGUGAACUAUUUUUCUUUGGAUGUAGAGGGAGGGGAAAUGCACGUGCUGAAUAGCAUAACAGAAGAUUUGGUUUCUAGAAAAAUCAUUGUAGAUGUGUGGACAAUCGAAUAUCGCGCAUGGGCGGGGCAAAAAUUUGAUUGGCCGAGAGGAAACGAAAAUCUAGCCAAUCUGCGAGCUUUUUUCAAAGAAGUGGGAGGAUACGUAGACCAUUCCCAGCUAGCCUACGAGAGACAAAGUCUCCCAGAUGGUCAAUAUUUAGAUGUUGUGUUUGUGUAUAUAGAGACUUGGUGUAAACACAAUGGCAUGCUUCCCGGGGGAAAAAUAAAAUGUUAAAUGUUCUGAGAAAGUUUGUCCACGUUUUACAAACAUAUCAAAAUCUGGUAUAGAAAAUAUGUGUGAAAAACGGGAUUUUGUUUAGGUA